AAAACUCAUAUUUUCCUCGUGUCAACCAGGUUUUGGGAAAACUUCCGCUCUUGCGCAUAAAAAUUCAAAACAAAUUCAUGCAUGUUUAAACACAAUUUAAAUUUCAAAAACUCAAAUUUCAGAAAAUCCGAGAUCUAGAACAAUCUAUAGCCAAAAACCGCAACUUCAAAAACUCAAAUUUUCCGAACACGUGUUCCUAUAAAAAGCAUCACAUUCUUCAUUUCCCCUUGUAGAAUUUUCCCUCCUCUUUUUGGAAGAACAAGAAAAUGGCUCUGGAUCCAACAGCCUUCAAAACCAUCGUCCCGUCCCGGUACAUCACCUUCACAAUCCCAAAUCUUUUGCUUCAUCUUCAUCACUUCAAUGCUUCUCAACUCCGCGUUGCGGUUCUUGAUUCUCCGGCGCCUUCAGAACCCGUUCAAAUCGCUGCAAUGUUGGUUCCGAUCGGCCGGGAAUCCGAUUGGUAUUUUUCAACCGAACAAGGUCAUCUUCAACUCAUACUUAACUUCCCUCAGCUUUCUCGACUUUUUUUAAUUGGGAAUUCACCGACUUCAACACACCCUACUUCGUAUAAUCCCCUGUUAUGUACCGAUGGUGUGGCUAGUGUGGCGGAUUCGUCUGUUGUUGAAGAGAAUUUGAUGCCAUUGUUGAUUGAGUUGAUACCCAGAUCGGCAUUUUGUCGAACAGGUGAUGGGUUGUGUGAAAUUCCGUUUUUGAGCUAUGAAGAUGAGGUGAUUCGGAGUUUGGUGUUGGAUAGAUGUGUUGGGGAGUUUGUUGGAGAGAUGUUGAUUGAAGAUGUUGAGUUGGAAUCAGAAGAUGGGGGUGGUAGAGAGUUUAGAAGGAGAUUGAGGUUUAAGAGAAUGCCGAAUUUGGUACAAACACAGAUAAAGAUCCGACCCAAGAACGUCGAUUUUGUUAACAUGGAGGAAGUAGAAUUUGAGAUUGUUGAUGAUGGGGUGUUAGUUCAUCCUUAUUUGACUCCAAUGGUGGCGGGUCUUUCAGUAAUCCGAUCAUUCUUGGACGCGAAAAUUGGAAAUGGGAUAAAGCCAAAAGCUCUAUGUUUGGGUGUUGGAGGAGGGGCACUUCUUGGUUUUUUAAGCUCUCAAUUAGGAUUCCAAGUCUUGGGUAUUGAGGCUGAUAAUGUUGUUUUGGAGGUAGCAAGGAGAUACUUCGGGUUGGAACGUGGUAACUCAAUACGUUUAUGUGUUGGAGAUGCACUAGACAUGAUUGGGAAAUUCGCGACUCAAGUUGAAAGUAAUGGUUUUCAUGGUUAUGUUUUGGAGAAUGGUGAGCAUUUGAAUGAUUUCGAUGAUAAAUUUGAUGUGAUCAUGGUUGAUUUAGACGCGACUGAUUCUAAUAUAGGUAUGAGUGCUCCUCCUUUAGCGUUUUUCCAGAAAUCCGCAUUGUUUGCCAUAAGAACAUUGCUAAGCAAAGAUGGUGUUGUCAUCAUAAAUGUGAUUCCUUCAGACCAGACAUCUUACAAGCUAGUAAUCACUGAAUUCAAAGAAGUUUUCGCCGAGUUAUAUGAGAUAGACGUUGGAAAUGAAGAUAACUUUGUUCUUAUUGCCUCUGCUUCAGAAAUCGGACAUGUCUCCGUUCACCGUCAAAGUAAAUUUCUAAAGAAGUUGAAACAAGUAUCAGGAUCUUUUCUGGACUCUAUAAGAUUGAUCUGAAAGGGUUCUUGGUAGCUCAAGUAAAAUUGUGCAGCAUAUGGAGUUUUCGAUAGAAACGACAAGCCAGGACAGAGGCAAAUAUAAUAUUUUUUUUGGAUGAUAGAGAAAUCAAAUUGUAUAAAGUUCAUUGAGAGAAUUACAAACAUGAAUUUUGCUUUCAUAUUGGUUGUUUUUGCAUUAAUAGAAAGUUCGUGCAUUUUUCCUUAGGAGUUUAAUGCAAUGUUUGCUUGUUGGCAUAAGAAAAUAUAAUCUUCGCAUAACUAAUGCAACUUUUAAUUGGUGGCAGUAUACAAAAUAGAAUGUGAGCAUUAGUAAUGCAGGGAUUAAACUAUUGAAAGAAAUUUUUUAAAAAAAGCACUUCUAUCGCAAGUAAUUCUUGUAUAAAAAUCCUCCCUUGUUAAUCCCUGUAUAACACUGAAUUUUCCUUCUAAAAAAAAAAAAUUGCGACAGGUGCAUGUCGGAUCCUCAAAAAGUAGAGCAUUUUGGAGGAUCCGACACAGGUGUGACAAUAUUUUUGGAGAUCCAUGCAACAUAGCUUCAAAUUGAUUGCAAAUUUUUCAUAAUGGUAACCUAGAAUUUUCUUAUGCAGCAAUACCUGGUACCAACAUAUAUAACUUCUAGAGGCCAACAGUUGAUCUUCAGAAAUUCAAAGGUGGUACGCCCGUGCCAAGCUACCUUCAGCCAGGUGUCUCUUCAGUUUAUGCAAGCUCCAGAACAACACUCGACAUGCAUUCAGUCGGAACUCCUAUAGUUAAUAGACACUUGUUUUUGGAGCAAACAUCAAACAUCUUCGUAAGAUAAUAUCACUAGGGGAGUGCUCAAUCGACCAAAGGUUGUGUUGAAGGCUCAGUCUAAGUGGGAGAUCAUUCCUUGAAGAAUAUAAUACAAUCUAGAGCAGUCAGCACCCACUUAACUCUACAAAGAUAUCUUUUUUUUUUAUAACCGAGAAAUCGACCCACCCUUUGGACCAAUCACAACCUUCUAAACUCGGUGGAUAAUGGGCCUGCCCCUCUACCCGUCUCCACUUAAAUAUCAGGCUUCGCUUUGGGUGGUGUGGGGCUUGAACCUGCGACCUAAGCCACAAAUCCUCCACCUUUUGCCACUCGAGCUAGGCCUUGGGG